AUGUAUAGUAUAUCAGAAUAUUCAGAAUUUUAAUCAAAAAUUGCUCAUUUUUAAUCAAAACUAACAGAUAAUGAUAAGAAUAACUUUUAAUUCUGUUAUAAUAUCUACAAAACACUAAAAUAACAAAUCAAGUAAGCCCAAUAAUACUUUUCAAAAUUUAAUUUUUUAUUAGAAUUUUAUGAUCUUUUAGAACAGUUCUAGAGAGAUAAACAAAUUUAAGAGUAUAUGAAAUGUUAUUAUUACCUACUUCCAAUUAUUUUUAAUAAUUAAAUAUAUUCAGGGAUUUUAGAAUCAACAUCAUUUUAAGAAUAAGAAGUAUAGAAAUUAUUAAACUUAACAAAUAAAUUAAAAAGUUUGGAGUUAAAUGAGUAGAUAGAUAAAGAUUUUUAAAAUCCAGAAGAAUUGAAACUCAAAUCUUCAUUAUCAAGGCAUUCCAUUUCUUAUAAUCACAAAUAAUAAAUUUGUAAAAUCCCAUAUUAGCUUUGCUAUUAAUACUUUUAUUCAUUUCAUCUUAAGUUUUAACAAAAUGGUCUAUAUAUUUGUUAUUAGAAUUAUAAUAAACUAAAAAUGGCCUUAAAUAAAAUAAAGGAAUUAUUCAUUUAAGAAAGAAAACUUUAUAAGCUAAUGGAGUAUAAUGUUAAAAAUUUGAAAGCUUAAAAAAUACCAAAAUUGAAAUUAAUUGAUUUUAAUGUAAAUAGCAAAUAAAUCUAGUAAAAUUUCAAUGAUAAAAUAAAUUUAUUGUAAUUUGAUAAUUUUGAAAUAUAAUAUUUGCAAUAAUUUUCGGUUUAUGCUUAAUCUAUUAUUAAUCAAAAUUUUGAAAAAAAAGAUCAUUUCGGACUUUCUAAAAUAUCUGUUUCGCAUAAUAAUCAACUUUAAAUCACUUCUAGAGGAGAUGACUAUUAAAUAUAAUUAGAAUUAAAAGACUUAAUGAAAAAUGAAAUUAUUUAUUAAAUAAAAUAAAAUAAUAGAGGUUUGAUUGAUAUUUAAUUUUCAGAAAAUAGCAAAUAUUUCUACUUAUUACAAUCUUUCAUUUUUACGUUAUAUGAUAUUGUCAGUAAAUCUGAACUGUUAAAUUUACAUAUUGACUUGGAUUAUUAAGAAGAAAGGUUUUUAAAUGCGAGACUUUAUAGUAAUGAUACAAAGUUAAUUUUACUUUCUGAUCUGUAAAUAAAGUUAUUUAGUUUUAAUGGGUCUUAAUUUUAAUUAGAAUAAAUAUUUAAUAUAUACAAUAUUUCUCUGAUUAAUAAGAUUUAAAUUAUUGAAUCUGAGAACUCAAAAGACAAAAUUAUUGAAAUCAAAGGAAAAUUAAGUACGACCAACUCAAUUUAUUUAUAAAUCAAUGAUGAUAACUAUAAAUUAAUAUAAUUUUAUAUAUUUUGA